CGUCAUAGAGACAUAAAACAUCAUAACCCUCAUCAGUUCAAGAAAACAAUGAAGGUUGCAAUGAUUCAGUUCCUUUCACUAUGCAUCUUCCUCUUAAUAAACACACAAACUUUGCUAGCAGCAGAGCCAGAACCAGUUGUAGACAAGCAAGGAGAGCCAUUGCAGCCAGGAGUAGGUUACUAUGUAUGGCCACUUUGGGAAGAUAAUGGUGGCUUAACACUAGGCCACACAAGGAACAAGACAUGCCCUCUAGAUGUUAUCCGUGACCCUUCAUUCAUAGGCUCACCAGUGACCUUCAGGGCGCCGGGACUCGACUAUAUCCCUACAGAAACCGAUCUAACAAUCGAUUUUGCCGUGAAGACCACUUGCAAUGAGCCUACAAUAUGGAGACUUUUAAAGGAAGGUUCUGGUUUCUGGUUCUUGAGCACCGGUGGCGAUUCUCAGUCACUUGUUAGUAAGUUCAAGAUUGAGAGGCUUGCAGGGGACCAUGCAUAUGAGAUUUACAGCUUCAAGUUCUGUCCUUCACAGCCUGGUGUUAUCUGUGCUCCUGUGGGGACCUUUGUGGAUGCUGAUGGAACCAAAGUUAUGGCCAUUGGUGACAACAUUGAAACAUACUAUGUUAGGUUCCAGAAGGUUUUUACUUAUGCCCAGGAGAAGAAUCCAGCUUUUAGCAUUUUGUAAAUUGAGGAGUGAUAGAUAUAUUCAUCUUUUGGGAGAGAAUGAGUAUAUGAAUAAUUUCUCAAAGUUUGGCAAUUAACCCUUUAGUGUGAUGAAACAUAUAAUAAGCCAGAAAAACUGCAUUGUGUAGUCUGUCUUAGAAAAUUUUUCUUUUCUUGGUUCACAUGGCAUAUAAGAAGUCCUUGUGGCUUGUGUUUCUGAAUUUACCAACCUUCUACAAGUGAAAGAAAAUGAUUUUUUCUUCAA